UCAUCUCAGAUAAAAUGUCUAUAAUAGCAGAAGCACCUAAAUUUCUUCAAGUUUACUCAAAUGGUUCUGUGAAACGCUUCGACCCUGAAACUGCCUCAGCCUCCUUAGAAUCAACCAAUGGGUACAAAUCAAAGGAUGUGAUCAUAGACUCAUCAAAAGGUAUCACAGGAAGAAUCUUCCUUCCAAGCUUUCCAACUUCCUCAAAGAAGCUUCCUCUCUUGGUUUAUUUCCAUGGUGGUGGCUUCUGCAUUGGAUCCACCGCAUGGCUUGGCUACCACACUUUUCUUGGUGACUUCUGUGUCACAUCUCAGUCCAUUAUCCUUUCUGUUGACUAUCGUUUGGCUCCAGAACACCGUCUCCCUAUUGCCUAUGAAGAUUGCUACGCCUCACUUCAAUGGCUGAGUGAACAAGUUGGUUCUGAAUCUUUGCUUCAACAAGCUGACACAACUAGGGUUUUUCUCUCAGGAGAUAGUGCAGGAGGUAACAUUGCACAUCAUGUUGCAGUGAAGGCAAUUCAAAGCCCUGCAUGCCCUUUGAGAAUCACUGGGUUGAUGCCAAUACAUCCCUAUUUUGGAAGUGAGAAAAGGACCGUGAAAGAGAUGGUUGAUGAAAGCAAAGAGGAUGUAACCAUGAAUGAUAUGUUUUGGAGGCUGAGUAUACCAGAAGGCUCAAACCGUGACUACUAUGGUUGUAACUUUGAAAAACAUGACCUAGGUAACACUGUUUGGCUUAAAUUUCCACCAACUGAGGUUUAUGUUGCUGGUGAAGAUUUUCUGAAGGAAAGAGGAGUGAUGUAUGUGGAGUUUCUAAAGAACAAAGGAGUGAAAAAAGUGACACUUGUGGAGGCAAAGGAAGAGUCUCAUGUAUUUCAUGUAUAUCAUCCUCAAUCUUCUGCAGCUCGUUUACUGCAAACUCAAAUGACUAGAUUCAUAGAAAAAUAUUAG